AUGGCUAGGUUUGAUGCAGCUAAAGCAAUAUUUGCUCAAGUGGAUGCAAACAAUGAUGGAACAAUUGAUCCACAUGAAUUUCGUACUUGGGCUGCCAACAGUCAUAAUAUUGCAAGAGGUUUAGGUCCUUCAGCAUAUGAUGUAUCUUCAUAUCAUUCAGCAGCUCGUGGACUUGAUGCAUCAGCCGGUCUUGCUUUCAGUAGUGGUGCUGGUGGUUUAGCUGAAUUUGCAGGAAGCAGUGAAUACGAAGGAGGAUACGCAUCAGAAAGUGCUUUUGAUUCUGCCGGUGGUUUUGCUUUUGGUGGAGUUGAUGGUUCAUUAUCAACAUCAUCAUCAGGUGAAUUUGUUCAAGCAGGUGGUGCAGCUCUCGAAUCAAGUAGUCUACAACAAACAACUCAAUAUGCUUCAGCUGGUGGUGUUUAUGAUGAUCCUAAUCCACAAGUAAUUCGACGACCAGCAGCUGGUGGUGCAGUAACUUAUAAACAAAAUAUACUUGUUCGAUUUCUUCAACCACCACCUGUUCCACCACCAGGCCCACUUAUUAUUAAAGAAGUUCGUCCACCUCAACCACCACCACCGCCACCACUUGUUGUACGUCAACGUGCACCACCUCUUCCUCCACCACCUCCACUUGUUUUACGUGAACGUCCUCCAGUACCACCUGUACCUAUUGCUAGUCAAACAAUUAUUCGUCGUUUGGCUGCUUUACCUGUUCCACCACGAUCGGUCAUUGUUGAACGUCUUCCACCUCUACCACCAAAACCACGUGAUAUUAUCAUUGAACGAUGGAUUCCCUAUGGACCUCAAGGUAAACGUCGUGUUAUUGUUCAACGUGCUGCUGCUGCUAAAGCAUAUGCAAGACCACGUAAUAUUAUUAUUAUUUAUGAUCCUGUUCAAGCACGUGUUGUACGACAAUUUCAUCGACUUGGUGUUGUACAAGAAAAUCCACAUGCUUAUGUUACUCGUUAUGGUGCAUUACUUUUAGAUGGAACAACACUUGUUCAACAAGCUCGUGCUGCUGGUGUUAUUGAAGAUAUUUCACCUCCAGGACUCGCUGUAGCACCUGCACAAUUCGGUGCAUCGACUUAUGGUGUUGAUGGUGGUUUAGAUGUUUCAGGUGCAUCAUUCAGUCAUAGUGCUUCAGCAGCAGCAGCAGGAGAAGAAGAUGAACCUACUGGUCUUGAAGGACUUGAAGUAAUUGGUGGUGCUGAAGCUGGUACAUAUGGUUUAAAAGUUGCUAGUGAUGCUGUUAGUGGUGGUUAUGGAUCUCAAUAUUAUUCAUCAUUAACAGGUUUUGGUGCUGAAGGAGAUUUUUCUGGUGGUUCUGGAAUUGAUGUAGCUGCUGCUACUUUUGUUUCUGCAGAUACCAACCGUGAUGGAACAUUAGAUAAAGCUGAAUUUCAGCGAUUUCUUCAAGGCGGGCUUUAA